AUGUUGGAAUAUUUUUAUUUCAGAAAAGAUAUAAUGAAAGUGAUUGUUGUUAUUGCUUGUCUUAUUGUGGCAAUCGCUGCAGAAUUUAAUAAUUACCAACACUGGGUCUUAUUUAAGGACAAAUAUUCAAAGCAUUAUAAAAUUACAGAAGACAAACUCAGAUUCCAAAUUUUCCAAGACAACCUUCGCGAUAUUAAAGAGCAUAACGCAAGAUAUGCCAGAGGAGAGGUGGGUUGGUUUAAGGGUGUCACUCCAUUUGCCGAUUGGACCAAAGAAGAGUUUAAGGCUCUACUAACACGCCAAGCUGAUUCAAGGCCAAAGCUUAACGAAAGUUUGGGAGUGUAUAUAGCCGAUCCAAAUGUUAAUGUGCCAUCAUCUGUUGAUUGGAGAAACGAAGGGGCAGUAUUACCUGUAAGGGACCAAGGAAUGUGUGGUUCGUGUUGGGCCUUUAGUACAGUUGGAUCUCUGGAAGGACAAGUAGCAAUUCACCAAAAACAAAAAAUUCCUUUGAGUCCACAAAAUCUUAUCGACUGCUCAACGGAAAACCUUGGUUGUGAGGACGGAGACCAAGUGAAAGCUUUCAAAUAUAUUAAAUCUAACGGUAUUAGCUCUGAAGCGGAUUAUCCGUAUCGUGCAAAUGAUCAGGAAUGCAACAAAAAUGUCAAAAAAUCGAUCACUUCCCUCUCGGGUUACAAACAUCUGAAUCCAACCGAAGAAGAUUUAAUUUCAGCUAUUGCUACCGUGGGUCUAAUCGCUGUCUCCGCUGAUGCAUCUGAUUGGCCAUAUUAUGCAGGAGGCAUUUAUGAUGACAAAUACUGUGGAGACCAUAUCAAUCACGCCAUACUGGCUACAGGUUACACUGAUGAGUACAUUUUGAUCAAAAAUUCUUGGGGGGCAGACUGGGGUGAAGAUGGAUAUAUGAAGAUAGCAAGAGGAAAAAAUAUAUGCCAUAUUAACGAUGACAAUUCUUAUCCGAUUUUGUAAAUUCUUAACACAAAAUUGUUUUUGUUAUUUUAAACAAAUUUUGUAUAGUAGUCUAUAAGUUUUGAAAAUAAAUAUCGUAUAUAAUAUAA